AUGCUUAGGGAGCUUGGGUUCACCGAUGAUGAAAUCAUUUCUGUUGCACUCAAGUUCUCCAUAAAUCCUCAACUGGAAAAACCUUUUGGUCACUGGGAAAUAUGGAAAGAUAUCUUGCUUGUGAAUUUGAAAGUGCAUUAUUAGUAAGAGAAAUUUAAGCUUUCACCAGCAUUGACUGAGGUUCUUGGUAUUGAGGUUGAUACUCGUCCCAAAAUUAUUGGUGUAAUAUGGCAUUAUGUAAAGGCCAGGAAAUUGCAAAACCCAAGUGACCCUUCUUUCUUUCACUGCGAUCAGCCUCUACAGAAAGUAUUUGGUAAAGAUAAGAUGAAAUUUACUAUGGUUUCACAGAAAAUAUCACACCAUUUGUUUCCUCCACAGCCUGUACUUUGGGAGCAUAAGAUCAAGCUCUUAGGAAAUUGUCCAACUGGAACUGCUUGUUAUGAUGUAACUGUUGAUGUUCCAUUUCCUAUUCAGAGGAAGUUGUCUGUACUAUUGGCCAAUGUGGAGAAGAACAAAGAGAUUGAGCUAUGUGAUGAAUCGAUAUGUGGAAUCAUUAGAAAAAUCUACGAGCACUGUAGGAGACGAGCAUUCUUUCUUAGUUUCAGUCAAUCUCAUGUGGAUUUUAUUAAUGCCAUGAUCGAGUCUCAAAGCAGGGAUCUGAAACUUGCAGCUGGAGAACCCAGUCGCAACACUGAAAAAGAGCAUCGAUCGGAUUUCUACAACCAACCAUGGGUCGAAGAUGUUGUUAUUAGGCAUUUGAAUUGCAAGUCGGCAUCAGGGAGCGACGCACUAGGAAGCACAUGAUGCCAGCAGUAUCAGGUUUCAUUAAUCAUUCUUCCAUUUUGGCGACACAUGUGAAGAUGUAUUUUGGGAAUUUUUAAA